CUCACUCUGGGUCCCUGCGGGAGUCGCCAGGGGUCUUUGCGACUUUGACCAGUAGGAGCAGGCAACAACAGAGCCAGGCCGCCUCCAGCCCUUUCCAACUCUGCCCCAGCAACAGCGCCAGAGCCCCAGCCAGGCGACCCAGCGCCACGCCGCACGCGGGGAGAGAAGCAGCUGUUCCCAACAGCUGGGGGGCGGCGGCGCCCGGCACCCCAGGUGCUGUCCCGGCCAAUCGCAGGCGUCCGGCCCGCCCCCUCCCCAGCCGGGCGUCGACCCCCGGGCCGCUGGGGAAAAAGGAGCAGAGGGUUGGAGAGCCGUCCUCCGUCCUCACUGGUGUGGCAGCUCCUAAGCAGAAGGGACGGUUCCCAGCUCGAGCCGGGCCCAGCACCGCGCCCCCAGCUGCCACCUCCAAGCCCCCGGGACACGGUAGCCUCUGAGCCAAUCCCCAUCCCACCAAGCCACUCGAUUUUUUUUUUUUAAAGAAAGAAACAUCUACCUCUUCUGGACUUGGAGACCACCACCCUCUCUGCAUUUAAGAAAAAAUAUUUUUAUUUUAUAUUUUACUUUCACGCGGGGUGAGUGCAAAAGGCUCCCACAGUCCGCGGCUACGGAGCUGGUUACCCGGACGAUCGGGAAGGUCUGGACAGUGACCGGACGCGGGGACUGGAGCAGAGCGCCCGGGCGAGUGUCGGGGACAGUGGGCCACUUGGGAAGCCGCGCGCCCAGCGCCCACGCCGCCCCCUCGCCCCCGCGCGCGCCCUCGGCCCCCGGCGGCCGCCGCGCGCUGCGGGAGACGCGGAGCCCGAGGACCAGGCGCAGCCGCAGCCGCAGCCGGAGCCCGAGCCGCGGGGCGGGCGCGAAGAUGCACACCACCCAGAAGGACACGACGUACACCAAGAUCUUCGUAGGAGGGCUGCCCUACCACACCACCGACGCCAGCCUGCGCAAGUACUUCGAGGUCUUCGGAGACAUCGAGGAGGCGGUGGUCAUCACCGACCGGCAGACCGGCAAGUCCCGGGGCUACGGAUUUGUCACCAUGGCUGACAGGGCUGCCGCUGAAAGGGCCUGCAAGGAUCCCAACCCCAUCAUCGAUGGUAGGAAGGCCAAUGUGAAUCUGGCAUACUUGGGAGCAAAACCAAGAAUCAUGCAGCCAGGUUUUGCCUUUGGCGUUCAACAGCUUCACCCAGCCCUUAUCCAGAGACCUUUCGGGGCUCGUUUACAGAUCCCCGCCCACUACGUCUACCCGCAGGCUUUUGUGCAGCCUGGAGUGGUCAUUCCCCACGUGCAGCCCACAGCAGCUGCGGCUUCCACCACACCGUACAUUGAUUACACUGGAGCCGCCUACGCUCAGUACUCCGCCGCUGCUGCCGCAGCCGCUGCCGCCGCUGCCUAUGACCAGUACCCCUAUGCAGCAUCCCCAGCUGCUGCAGGCUACGUCACCACUGGGGGCUACAGCUAUGCUGUCCAACAGCCCAUCACCGCAGCUGCGCCCGGGACAGCUGCUGCUGCGGCUGCAGCGGCUGCAGCAGCAGCCGCCUUCGGCCAGUACCAGCCUCAACAACUGCAGACAGACCGAAUGCAGUAGACCAGCCGUCUGAUCAAAGUCAAAAGGGUUUCUCUUUCCCUCCCGAUCUCCCAGUUUUUUAGUAGCUAAUGAGAAAGUUAACAGUUGACCUAAGGGCUUUAAAGGGAGAAGGCAAGGCUGGUGUGAAGGGGAGGCGUUACUUUUUUACCAUACUUCCGGUAGUGCUGCAGGUGGUAAGGGGAAAAAGGGAGGGCGAGAAACAGUUUUUGAAGUCAAUCCCAAAGAGCCCGAGUUACACAGAAUAGCCACUAGGAGAUGAUGGCAGGGGUACCAAUGGGACUUCACUUUUGUAUGGGGAUUUUUAUUUUUUUGCUCUUUUUUAUAGUAUCAGGGAAGCAAACUGCCUUUUCCAAGUUAGAAGAUGCUAUGGGAAUCUAGUUGAACCAGGGAAUACGGAGUGAGCAAUAUGUAGCUUGAAUUACGCGCAAACGUAGAUUUCAAAAAGAAAAAAAGAAAGAAAACAAGACAGAAAAGCGUUGGCUGUCCUUCGGUGCAGUAACUGCAGGCCUGCAGAACUCUGUGGAGGCAGGAGGUAGUGCGUUUGUGCUACCUCAGAAGAUGGGUAUGGAACAAUCAGUUUAGGGGUGUGACGGCGGGUACAGUGGUGAACAGGUACCAAAGCUAUUUUCUCAUCUGUCCUGUGGACGAGUGGGGUUGUGGAGCCAUUGAAACUGCACCAGCCGCUCAGACAAUCAAUAGCACACACCGUUCGGGGAAGAGUCCAUCACUUGUACUCGUGGGAGGAGCUUGUCACAUUCUAAUUCCUCUCCCCAUUCCCUGUCACUGGGGGAUGGUUUCAUCUGUGGGCCAGGCUUUCACCACACCACUUGUCUUUCUAUUUAUUAUGUAGACUAGAGGAUUAUGGGUAAAGGCAGGCAGAAUUUGCAGAUGCUCACCCCUUCGGGACUGUCUGAAGGACCUUUCUUUUCUUCCUGCCCCACCUCUCCCCCUUUAAAAUAAUUUUACACUUUUUUUGUAUCUAUUUCAGAGUCCUAUUUAAAACUAUUUAUUAGCGACUACAGUACCUAAGACAGCAAGGUUCUUGACAUUACAGUUCUCCGACGGUUGACGAUCUUGUACUUUAUAAUGUGCCUUAAUAAUAAUCCUAUUUAAGAUAUUUAUUUUUAAGUUUUACUAUGCUGCACUCUAAAGGAAGGAACUUUAGAAGUGACACUGUAAAAUUAUGUAUUCAUCUCAUGGCAUAAGUUAUUCAGUAGGUCUAGAUGUAGCAUAUUAAAUAUUAACCUAUUCAACUAAAGACGUUGGCUUUGGAUUUAUUUAAAUUCCUAUGUGCACUGUUCGGGUGGGUACUCUCGCCUGAACAUAUUUGAGUUUAUUUUAGUCUUGAGUUGUUUUACUUUUUUUUUUUAACGAGCUACAUCGCUGGUUCUGUGCUUCCUCAAUUGCUUCCCCCCUGUGGAUCUCAUGUACCGGGGACUCAUGGCGUCCCCGCUUUCCUCGUGUAGUGUAUGUAGUUUUAAAAGACGGCUUUAUAUUUUUCCUUCUGAAAGUGAGAUACUUGCAAUUUUUACUCUUAAACUAAAAUGAAUACUAUUUUACACUGUAUUGGACUUUUAUACUUGAAGAACUUCCUACAAGGGACAACAGGUUAGCAUUUUUAUGGACUCUCUCCAUUGUCACUGGAUUUAAGUAUUCCCGUGCCGGGCAGUGGUCCUCAAUGGAGGGCGUGGCUCUCCUGUGCAAAUUAUUUAUUUGUUGUGUAUUUCGCUUUAUAAUGUUUCAGAUCUUCUCAUCUAUUCACUUGUAUUAAAUAUAAUUUU